AUGUCGUCCUACAUCGGUGUCCAGGUCCCAGAUGAGCCAAUCGGCAGCGGAGAUGAUGAGGGAGCACACGACCAGGACUAUCUGCAGGAGUACAGGUUCGAUCAAGCUCCAAGACCGGUGACAACGAGAUCCAGACGCGGGGAUGCUUCAACGCUUCUGGCCCUCUUGGGAGAACCCGAGACAGAAGAUGAGAGUCCUGUGGCCGCUAGUUCUGCUGGUCCAUUGCCAACCGUCACAUUCGCUAGCCCAGGCGUGAGGACUGAACAGAGUCAAGCCGACACGACCUCCAAUCAACCUCGUGCUGCAACGUCUUUGUCGCAGGAAUAUCGCGGCUCACCAGAGCAAGAUAGGAGCAAACUGGGAGUGGAACGGCAACCUGGCGAUCGGAGUCAAUCUUUGCCAUCUGUCGGAACGACAGCUAAAACUGACGACGGAACCAAUUCUGGUGACAGGGCCGUGAAUGUGGAGCAGCAGAGCACAGGUAAGACAUUAUUUGCAUAUUUGUUACAGGCCAAAAUGUUCAGAAUGCAAACAAUGCAAUGGUCGCGAAUUGGUCUUGCUAAGAAAUGGUACUAA